GAUGUCAUCGCAUUCGCAUUAUAAUAAUCGGGAAGUUUUUUUUGCGUUGCGACAAUUUUUGAAUUUGCAUUUUAUUUAAAAAUGUCUUUCUACAACAACAAUCAAGGAGGUUAUAGACCACCGCCACAGUCACAAGGAAGUCAAUACGGAGCUCCACCACAAGGUUAUGUACAACAAGGACCUCCUCCACAAGGAGCUUAUGGACAACCUGGAGGAUAUCAAUAUCCUCCUCCUCAACAACAACAAAAUCGUCCUCCAAAUUCUGGUAGUGCCCCUGCUCAACCACCACCAGGGGUUGACCAACAGCUUUACUUUUGGUUUCAAGCCGUAGAUACUGAUAAGAGUGGAGCUUUGACCACAGAAGAACUACAAAAAGCUUUAAUUAAUGGCGAUUGGAGUCCAUUUAAUAUUGAAACCGUGCGUUUGAUGAUGAAUAUGUUUGAUACUGAUAAUUCUGGUACGAUCGCUUUUCAGGAAUUUACAGGACUUUGGCGUUACAUCGAGGAUUGGAAAAAGUGUUUCCAAACUUUUGAUGCUGACGGUUCUGGCACUAUUAAUUUCGCUGAACUAAAAAAUGCUUUGAGAACAUUCGGUUAUAACUUGAGUGAUAAUUUCAUUAAUCUUCUUAUUAAAAAGUAUGAUAAAUAUGGCGGUAAAAACAAUGCAGGAAAGGGCGACGUGACUUUUGAUAAUUUUGUGCAAUCAUGUGUGACCGUUAAGACACUUACGGAUGCUUUUCGACGUUAUGAUACCGAUAACGAUGGAUGGAUUUUAAUUAAUUAUGAACAGUUUUUGGAAUUGGUAGUCAAUAAUCGAUAAGUAAUUUAAUAAAAAAUUAAUAAUAUAUAAAUCAAAAUAAUGAGAUUUUAUACGGAGUAAAUUAAUGUUUAUUUAUGUUACUUUUACUUUAUUGUAUUUAAAUUAGUUAUUCAUUUGUUUAUUUUAUUAUUU